AUGUCGCUGAUCCGCCGCAGCAACGUGUUCGAUCCCUUCUCCCUCGACUUCUGGGACCCCUUUGAGGGCUUCCCCUUCGGCUCCGGCAGCAGCAGCAGUCUCUUCCCCUCGUUCCCGCGCACCAGCUCGGAGACCGCGGCCUUCGCUGGCGCGCGGAUCGACUGGAAGGAGACCCCAGAGGCUCACGUGUUCAAGGCGGACGUCCCGGGGCUGAAGAAGGAGGAGAUCAAGGUGGAGGUCGAGGACGGCAACAUCCUUCAGAUCAGCGGCGAGCGCAACAAGGAGCAGGAGGAGAAGACGGACACCUGGCACCGCGUGGAGCGGAGCAGCGGCAGGUUCCUGCGCAGGUUCCGACUGCCCGAGAACGCCAAGACGGAGCAGAUCAGGGCCGCCAUGGAGAACGGCGUGCUUACAGUCACUGUGCCCAAGGAGGACGUCAAGAAGCCUGAGGUGAAGUCCAUCCAGAUCUCCGGCUAG